GAGGAGGUGCCGCGCGCCGCCGGUCCUGGGCGCGCGCUUCCCGGCCUAGCCCCCGUCCUCGGCGUCUUCCUGGCCUGCUAAACAGCGCCACUUCGACGACAUGUUCGGCGUCUGGGUCCGGGACACGUCCCUGCUCCUCGCCAUCACUGUUACUGGGAUCACUGUGCUCCUGUUGGCCCUGAAGAACAAGAACGUAAAGAAGAGACAUCCUAUCACCUUACAGCACCCUGAAGCCAAGUUCCUGCAGCCCUUGAUUGAGAAAGAGCAAAUCAGCUACAACACUCGGAGGUUCCGCUUUGGACUGCCCUCGCCGGACCAUGCCUUCGGGCUUCCUGUAGGUAACUAUGUUAAUCUCUUGGCCAGAAUUGAUGGUGUUUUGGUGAUCAGGGCUUACACGCCUGUGUCCAGUGAUGAGGAUCUAGGCUUUGUGGACUUAAUUAUGAAGAUCUACUUCAAAAAUGUACACCCUAAUCAUCCAGAAGGGGGGAAGAUGACUCAGUACUUGGAGAACAUGAAAACUGGGGACACCAUCCUUUUUCAAGGGCCAUCCGGGCGCCUGUUCUAUCAUGGGUCAGUCUUCAUACAUUCAUUCACACACCCACUUUAUGAGAUUAUAAGCUUCAUGAAGACAGAGGAGGAGAUCUUGGUGAGCAAGGAGCUUGAAGAAGUUGCCAGAACUCACCCAAAGCAGUUCAACCUGUGGUACACCCUGGACGGGCCUCCUGUUGGCUGGAAGUACAGCUCAGGCUUCAUUACUGAGGACACGAUCAAGGAGCAUCUCCCUCGUCCUGGGAGGUUCUCGUUCAUCCCGGCGUGUGGCCCACCACCCCUGAUCCAGAGAGCCGCGCACCCUAACUUGGAGAAACUGGGUUACACCAAGGACAUGAUUUUCACCUACUAAUGCCUCCCUUGCUCUUAGCAAAUUUGCCUGGUCCCGUUCAUGUUUCACAGUGAGCUCAGCCUCACCAUGUUAUACUGGGAAGUGUUCGAAGUCCCUCGUAAUGCAUCCUUGCGUAUGCUGGUGUUCCUUCCUCUCUUUUGGUGUGGGGCUAAGAAAAAGGCUGAAGAUAAAGUAGCUUCUGAGGCCUCCUUGCUUGAAGAGGCUUGAAGGAAUUCCAUUUCAGUUAUCUUUUUCCAUAGUUUAGUGAAAUAAAAUUCAGUGCAAAGCAGAUAGCCAUUGAGUGUGGCUCUGUGGGGGACCCGCUAGACAGGUAGGAGGCCUUGGCCUGCCCCAUGUGUGAACUGGCAUCUUGUGUCCUUGGGGGGGGUCACAAUGGUCAAAAAUACUGGGGCAGAACUCUAGGAGAAUCCAAGGGGGCUCGUGUCAACUCCCAAUUUCUCUUGAACCCCUCUUUCUAGAGUGUUGUUUUUAAGGUCACACCUAUCAGAGGGCUCAGGCACCCUCCAUGUGCACUCUUUCUUCUCUUGUAGGAGACCACUGAAAUGGAAAUGGUGUUAAAAAUACAUAUCAGGGCAAUAGUCAAGGUGGGCUCCAAGAAUCCUGGACUCCCUGCACUUUACACCACAAAUGGAGGUGGCCCAUCGUGCUGCAAUGGAAACCAGCUUUGGGGUCUGCACGACAGAUGUGACCUCCAGCCAGGAUGUGAGACACAAAGUGCCUCUC